UUCUGGGGCUAAAUAUUUCACUUCGAGGGACGUUCACGGCUCAAUUGGAAAUGUUUACAACAACUCGCAGAAGAUGACUGAUGGUUAUGACUGGAUGCGCAACUGAUAAAAAAAAAACUACCGAGGGUCACGGAGUUUUUGUACGGUCCCCUGGAUUACGUUUGAGACUUUUUAAGGUGGUAUAGUUUGACUCCGUUCUUGUAAAGAGAGACAGCCAGUCCCAUGCCCGCGCCCCGCGUGCCAGGCUGCACUCUACCCCACGGACAGUGCCCCAGGCUCGGGGGUUAGAUGGUGCUGAUCACGGACGACAGAGAUGGAGGAGGCGCUUCGCCGGUUCGGGUCAAACAGCUCCAGCAGCAGCAAAAAGUCACCCAAAUCCACCCGACCAUAGUGGAGGAGCCGCUGUCCAACUCUGACGAUGAGAACUACUUGGGCUCGUGUGAGGAGGACGAUGAAGAGGACGAUGGAGGAGAGGAAGAGGAGGAGGAGGAUUUCGAAGAAGUUGACUUCGAGGACUUGGAGGAUUGUCGGAGUAUCGCGUCAGACGACUCAUUUUACCCGCCGGAUGAUGUGUUCGCGGACUCGGAGCGCACCCCGUCUCCGGAGAGCCCGGAGCCGCUGUCUUUUUUCCAAGCGUGCUGCACCAACAACGCGGCUAUCGUCCGGAUAAUGAUACGGCAUGGAGUGAAGGAGGAGGAGGUCAACGAGAAGGACAGAAAUAACAGGAUAGGGCUGUUGGUUGCAUGCUACCAAGGUUACGUGGACGUCGUUAUAGCGCUGUCUCAGUGUCCCUAUCUGGAUGUCAACUGGCAGGACAGUGAGGGAAACACAGCUCUCAUCACGGCUGCUCAAGCAGGCCACAUAACAAUCACCAACUAUCUUCUGAACUACUACUCUGGGUUGGACAUUGAGAGGAGAAACUGCCACGGCUUCACCGCUCUGAUGAAAGCUGCCAUGCAGGGCAGGGUGGAAUGUGUGCGCUCGCUCAUGAUGGCAGGAGCUGCCCUGAAUGCCAGGGACUCUGGCCGUCACUUCACUGCCAAGGAGUGGGCCUACUUUACAGGCCGUUAUGAAACUGCCUGGGUGAUGACGCGCCUGAUGGAACGGCCCUGCCCCCACCAGUACUGUGAUACAUACAGUCUAGAGUGGGCCCCACUGGCAUCACUGGUGGCCAAAGCCCAGGAGCCUCGUGGCUGUCUAAAGCGCCUGUCAGACACUGUACGGAACGUCUUCAACAUGGCGAAUGUCACCAACCCUGAGGAUGAAGGCGUUAUUGACCACAUGGUUUCUAUUACAACUGCCAUGAGGAACCCUGUUAUAGCAGUAGCAUGCCAUACAGUAUGUCCUGACAGCCCCCCAAGUGUGGGCAAACGGCGUUACGCAGUUCCUGAAAUCAUCCGCCAGCAGCGCGCCAAAGAGCUCCGCUCCCUCAACCCUGACAGGGUGGACAGCCACCUCAAACUCUUCCAAAACUCUCGAGUCACACUGGUGGCCAAGAACUCAGCAGACCGUCGGGCCAGCCUUCAGGCCCAGAGCUUGGUGCCUCGACACAGGAGCUCCAGCCUGGGCAUGGUGGCUUAUAACGAAGCCCUGGAGCUGCGGAGGACCAGCCUGCUGCCCUUGCACAUGGUGCUGAGGAGAAGCAGUGUCAGGCCGGGGUUCAGCAUCCCCAAAGUGAGGGUGUCCAAGGCCCCCACGCCCACUUAUGAACCAGAAAAGAUCAGGAGGAAGAGCAGUGCCAAAGAUGGAGGUGGGCACCUGCUGCAGAUACCAAAGUGGCGGUACAAGGAGCUAAAAGAAGAAAGGAAGAAAGCGGAGGAGGCCGAGAGGAGGAGGCUGGAGGCUGUAACCAAGAGACACCUUGCUGCCGGGAAAAGGAAAUAAUAUCAUUGCCUCAGAAGAUGCCAUGUACACUACUCCAAAAAGAGACUGCACAGACUAUAAAAAUGACUAGAUUUGGCUUUAAUGUUUUUUCUACAACAUAUGAAUUACCAGCAGUGUUCAUGAAAGAGGACAGCAGACUGGAAGCUGCUUUUGUGUGUUUUGUUUUGCAAGAGGGAUGCCAGUUGGCCUCUUAAAAAUGGCUGCCGGAGCUUUGACAGCUUUAGAAGUGCACAGUGCUCAGUGUCCUCUAUGAUGUCGAACAGCGAAUACCCAGGGGAUUUGAUACUUGAAAUGUUUUUAGCUAACUUAUUUUUCAUAUUUAUUGCUUUUUGAUGGAUAGCCAAGUCUCUAUUUUGUUACGCUUUGGGUGCUCAGUACAGCAGGGUUUUUAUAUUGGACAAGACGCUCAUUAACAUGUACACUUUCUGUAACUACAGCAGAAAUAUGUUCAUCUUUCUACCUAAAAGACA